GACCAGAAUAACGCAGAAAGAUAACAGAUAGAAAGAAAAAAUAUAGUAGUAAUAAGAGCUCUACGUUACAACGGUUUACAGUGGCUGGCAAAACUCUAGCUUUCUUUAGGAGUAGCUGAAGACAGAUAAUUGCAAAAGAGUUAAAGUGUAGUUUAAAGGGUGCUACGUUGCUACUGAAAAAAACUACUGGAGGAGGAGGAAAACCUGGAAUAAAUACACGCUCUACAGAACCAGCAGUAGGGCUGCCAGAGGAUAGUAGGAUAUUCCAGAAGACGUUUGUGUGGACAUGGAAGAGAAACCACUGAGCUAUGAAGAAUCCAUAAGGAGGGCUGGUGAUGCUCUUAAACGCUUUCCUCUGAUAGACGUUCAGGGUGUACCUCUCAUGAGCACGAUUGCUGCAAACUGGAAAGCAGUUUCUGAAUUCUCUCCCGACCCAUCGGACCUGCUUAUUGCUACCUACCCUAAAGCAGGUACAACCUGGGCUCAGGAGAUAGUGGAUCUUCUCCUGCACAAUGGGGAUGCUGAGAUGUGCAAGAGAGCACCCACAGCUGUCCGUAUCCCAUUCUUAGAAAUAUUCUCUCCUCCACCUAUACCAUCAGGGCUUGAUUUACUUAAGCAAAUGAAGCCUCCAAGAGUCAUCAAGACUCACCUGCCCUUUCAACUUGUGCCAAAAGGUUUCUGGGAAAAUAAAUGCAAGGUUAUCUAUGUGGCCCGAAACGCUAAGGACAAUGCUGUAAGCUACUUUCACUUUGAUCGUAUGAACUUAACCCAGCCAGAGCCAGGACCUUGGGAUGGAUAUGUAGACAAGUUCAUGAAGGGGCAAUUGAGCUGGGGCUCUUGGUAUGAUCAUGUAAAAGGUUACUGGAAGGAACGAAAAGAAAUGAACAUCCUCUACAUCUUCUAUGAGGACAUGAAAGAGAAUCCUCAUAAGGAAAUCGAAAGAAUCAUGCGCUAUAUGGAGCUCUCAGUUCCUGAUGAUGUCAUAGAGAGGAUUGCACAGCUGACAUCUUUCAAUGUCAUGAAGGACAAUCCAAUGGCCAACUACUCAUAUAUCCCAAAGCCAGUGUUUGAUCAAUCCAUAUCUGUCUUCAUGAGAAAAGGGGAAGUCGGUGACUGGGUCCACCAUUUCACUCCAGAUCAAUCCCAGGUGUUUGAGAAAGACUAUGCAAAACAAAUGAAAGAUGUGAAUAUUCCAUUCCGCUUUAACAUUUGACUCUUUGUUUAAUGCAUUUAUAAUCUGUCUGUAAGAUAAUCGUUGUAGCUAGUCGCAUGUCAGUGUUUCAAAGUUUACAAUAUGCAAUCGAUAACAGAGUAUGAAACAGUCUACCAUGUUAGGCCUAUGUGUGAGAGAGAGUAAUCAACCAAAACACCUUAAAACGCAUCUAAAAUCACAAGUUUCUGUAUGUGGCUUAUAAAUGAUCUAUGCUUUUUUAUAACAGGAAAUUAUUUCUGUUUAAAGCAUUUAAAAUAAAUGUCUGAUUACAAACAAUAAAUAAGGUUUUAAAUUG